AGCUAGGAAGGGAGAUCGAAGAAGAAGCUGAAGCAGCAGCAGCCAUGGUGAACUAUUCGCAAGAGCCUGGUAACAUUACCAAGUCCUGCAAGGCCAGAGGCAGCGAUCUCCGAGUUCAUUUCAAGAACACAAGGGAGACUGCCCAUGCACUUCGCAAGAUGCCUUUGGUCAAGGCCAAAAGGUAUCUGGAGGAUGUUUUGGUCCAUAAGCAGGCCAUUCCAUUCACUCGAUUUUGUCGUGGAGUAGGACGAACUGCUCAGGCCAAGAAUCGCCAUUCAAAUGGACAGGGUCGGUGGCCUGCUAAGUCUGCCAAAUUCAUUCUGGACUUGCUUAAGAAUGCCGAGAGUAAUGCAGAGGUGAAAGGUUUAGAUGUGGAUUCGCUCUUCAUAUCUCAUAUCCAGGUGAACCAAGCCAGAAAGCAGAGGCGUCGCACAUACCGUGCUCAUGGAAGAAUUAAUGCUUACAUGUCAUCUCCAUGCCAUAUUGAGUUAAUUUUGUCAGAAAAGGAGGAGCCUGUCAAGAAAGAGGCUGAGACUCAGCUCGCUAGUAGGAAAACAGGGAAGACUAGAGCUGUCGCAGUUUGAGAUGCUUCAAAUCCUAUCUCUUUUAUUUGUUAGGUGCUAUCUUUUUUUUUUCAGAAAUGCAUUCUGUUUUGUUUUAUCGAGUAACUCUGCUUCAGCUUGAGUGAAUUGUGAAACUCAUUCAGACUUCAUCAGGCAUUGGAACCAAUUAGGCUUGAGGAUUACAACAAUUUGAUUUUGAAAUUGGAUUGGUCUCAUACAAUAUGCCUAAUUUUUGUUUUUUCCUCCGUUAAGGAUUAGGGUAUCAUGCUUGAUGCUUCUACAAUGCGUUGAUAAUGAUUUGUGGAUGAUGAUAAUUAUCAAA